GACGCUGGUAUUGUGUGAAGAUCAGCGUUAAUGUCCCGCUUCCUCCCCCUUUGCUGAGGCCGAUGGUCGGCGCCGCUGAUGUCGCUAUGGCGGCUCACGCGAGUGAACUGGAGCUGGCGAAGAAGAACCUGACGGACGCCAUCGGGGACAAUAUCAAACAUUACUGGGCGAAUUUGAAGCUGUGGUUCAAACAGAAAAUCAGUAAAGAGGAGUUUGAUGUUGAGGCUCGCCGCCUUCUGGGACACGAUAAUGUUCACGCCCACAAUGACUUCCUGCUGGCCAUUCUCACACGCUGCCAGAUCAUCGUAUCGACACCAGCAGAGGGUCCCGGCUCACUGCAGUGGUCUGGGGGUUCUGCCUCGAAGCCCGCCAAGCCGAAAGGCAAAAAGAAAUUUUCCUCCGUGCGGCAGAAAUUCGAUCAUCGCUUCCAGCCCCAGAACCCGCUGAGUGGGGCUCAGACGUUCAGCCCACGCGAGUCCGGAGCCGAGGAAGAGGAAAUGAUGAAGCUCAGUGCUCACACACACUUACUGCCCACGCGGGGGCAGCUGGAGGCCCGCAUGAUGGUGACCGCCUUUGAGAUGGGCCUCGAUAACGUCACCGAGGACGCCGUGAGCACUGUCGUGUCCGCUCUCGAGGUGCAUUUAAAGGACCUCAUCACUGCAGUGGUGUCGCGGAGAAAAGCCUACCGUCUGAGAGAGGGACACUUCCGGUACGCCUUCGGCAGUGACGUCGCGCCGCAGCCGUACCUCAAGAACAGCCUGGCUGCGUACCACGCCGUCACAGAGUACCCCCCUCCCAGUGCCUCGCUGCCGGCUGCUCCGCCCUCUCAAGUGUCUCCAGACGAUGCAGAACAGCAGGCUGCUUUCCUAUUGGCCUGCUCCGGCUCCAGUGCCCCCGCCCCUCUGCCUCCCAUCAGCAUGUACGAUCUACUGGAGGCUCUACAGGUGCAGCGCAGCGUGAUGCCGUCUCACACGGUGUACGCUCUGAACAUGGAGCGCAUCCUCGCCCGCCUCUGGCACCCGAGCCACGAGGAGUUGGAGCAAGAUCACAUCCACAGGCAGCGCCUGGCCCUCAAGGAGGGGCUCUCACUCUGCUGAGGCACCACCCGGGUUCUUCAGCUCCACCUUCUGCUGGUUCCUGGAGGAAACCUGGACCGUGUACGAGCGGUAUUAUGGACAGCCUGGAGCUUCUGGAGGAAAUACUACCACUUGGAGAAAUGUGAAUUGUCUUGUGAUUUAAGUAUGUACGUUACUUUUUAUAGACCGUUGAAUUAAACGAAUCCGAUCACAGUCCAGGUGUUCAGAAAGAUUCGGACCAGUUAUGGUUUUACAUAGCUCAGGGUCCAUGCUAACGUUCUGGACAGGGUAUAAUCUCCAGCUGUAUUUUGGUGUAGCCUACUUUUGUAAAUAUUUGUUCCUACACAUGUACCUUUUCAUUGUAAAGGUUCGCAAAUCCAGGAAAUAAACCCCCUCUUGUGGUCA